AGCUGACAUUUAUCCCAAAAACAUCAGCGUAGUAGCUUAAUUAUUUUGUGAAUCACGGAAGCGAUCGGCUUAUACUGAGAAUGAAGACUAUUCUCAUAGCAGCGGGUCUGGUAGCCUUGUGCUAUGGCCACAUUAUCCCCGAAGUCCCAAAAACGGAUGAGGAGAGCCGCUACGUGUGGAUGCCUGAUGACGAGGGGAAACAAGUCCUUGUAGACUUGGAAGAACCCGUUGACGAAGAAGUACUGAGCACGAGGAACGGUGCUAACAACCAGUACUGGCUGUUUACUAGGUGGAACCCCAGCGUCCAUAACAUCAUUACUCACGGCAACGCCAACUCAAUUUGGGCUUCCAAUUACAAUGGCGCCAGGCCUCUAGUUGUUAUCGUCCAUGGCUGGACAAAUAACGGAAAUUCUCCAAUGAACCAUCAAAUCAGGGAUGCCUUUCUCGCAGUCCAGGACUGUAAUGUCAUCGUUGUUGACUGGAGUGGUCUCGCUAGCUCCAAUUACUUGACCGCAGCCGCUGGCGUCCCCAAUGUAGGCCAACAUCUCGGGAACUUCGUCACUUGGCUGAUCAACACCGCUGGUGGUAACUGGAAUCAAGUCCACUUCGUUGGCUUCAGUUUGGGUGCUCACGCUGUAGGGAAUGCUGGACGUCAGACUGGAGCCCGUCCCUCCCGUAUCACGGGUUUGGACCCUGCUGGUUACAGGUGGCACACUAAUGCGUUGAGGUUGAGCCCCAACGACGGUCAAUACGUAGAGGCCAUUCACACGGAUGGCAAUGUCCUCGGCAUCAUGAACCCGAGUGGCAACGCUGACUUCUACCCCAACGGUGGGAAGCAUCCGCAGCCAGGGUGUUGGACUCAAGGAACCAGCUGCUCACAUGGCAGAGCAACAGAGCUGUUCGCUGCCACCGUGCGUCACAACCACUUGAUCGGAAGACAGUGCCCUAACAUCUGGGAGGCUGAACUCGGAACCUGCAAUGGAGCAUCGCUUCAUAUGGGCAAUGGAAUUGUGAACAAGCGCGGAAAUGGUCUCUACGCACUCAGAACUUUGGAUACGGCUCCUUUCUAAAGUGACAU